AAAGCCUUGGCAAUUCACUCACUAUCACUUUCAAUACCUCCCGUAUAUGAGGAAACAUGAAUUUUCACCUUAUCCUCAUCGCAUUUGGGAUUAUCCUAGUUCAUCAUAUGUCUGAUGCUAUAUUUCCUGCCUUCUUUGACUGUUGCACAGAAGUAGCCCAGCACAUCCCCAAGAAAUGGUUAAGCAGAGUGGUGAAAUUUGAAAUCCAAAAGAGUGGUGAUUUAUGCAGAAUACCAGCUGUGAUCCUUCACACCAGGCGCAAAAAGCUAUGUGUAAGUUCAUCGAAUAAAAAUGUGAAGAGAUGGAUAAAGCAGAUGACCAGGUGUUGCCAGAGAAGUAAUCCAGAGAUCUGGAAGAGAAGAAAACUCAGAAGGGAGAGGAAAAAUACGAGGAAAAAUCCUAUAUUUGCUAUGUGCAAGAAAGAAAUCUGUACUAGGCAAUAAAUAUGACAAAAGUCUCAGAAUAACAGCUCCCA